GACGCGUUUCGCUGCUGCUCCGCUGCUAGCUUCGCAUAGUGGUGACUCGAAGGGAAAAAAUACGCACUCUCUAGCUCUGCUCCGUUAACCUGCGAUGUCGAGUUGAUUUUUAAUCUCCGGUGCACGCUUGAAGCUCCAUUUUUUUUCAAAACACCGGACCGGAGCAUUAUAAAUAUGGCCAGCAAAGUAUGGCAUUCAGAAUUGUGGAAGUCAUGGGAUAAGCAUGGGAAAAACGAUUUCCUCAAGCUAAUCAAGCACAAGCUUAAGGAAGGCAACACACCAGAAUGGAAACGUGGAAUAUACGAAUUAAUAUCAAAUGGAAUCCAUGGAAACGUAAAAAAGGACAAUGUAGUUCAGACAUUAGGUGAACUCACGAAUUUUGAUGUACCGUCUAUACCAUCUGCAAUAGUAGACAUAUUUACUUUAAUUGAUGUAGAAGCGCAUAAUGAGGAAAGGAACAACUUCUACUAUAUUGUGAAAGAAACUGAAAAGUUUCUGACCGAUAGAAUAUUGAAAGAACGUUUAGAAAUUGAUACCUUACAAGAUGUAGGGACAUUGAAAAACAAAAAUUUUCAAACCAAGUUUAUAAAAGUAAAGACAAAGUUAUAUUAUAAACAAAGGAAAUUUAAUUUAUUUCGUGAAGAGAGCGAGGGUUACUCCAAGCUCAUUGUAGAAUUAAAUCAAGAGUGUCCAGAUAGUGAGGUGGCCUCGACAUUGGAAAUUGUUAAAUCUCUUAUCGGUUAUUUCAAUCUUGACCCUAAUAGAGUACUCGACAUCUUAUUAGAAACCUUUGAAAACCGACCGCAAGACGAUGCUUUAUUUAUUCCCUUAAUACGUUCAUAUAUGAGCGAUCAGCAGGUACUUUGCGAAGUGUUAGGAUUCAAAUAUUGCUCUACGGUCAACGCCACGCCAUUCUCUCUGCAAAAGGUCACCGCACUCAUGCUGCAGCAUGGUGUGAUUAAACUCGACGAUAUAUUGCCCUGGCUAGUGCCAGACGAUAAAAUUAUAAUAUCAGAUCAUGAGCAGGUGAUGAAGCAUGCCAAGGAAUACGUGCGGAAAUUGAGCGUAAUCUCGACAAAGGACAAGGAGGAUAUUGUAGAAGAAAAGGAGAAUGCACAAGACAAGUAUGCAAGCAAUCAAAAAUUUGGAUUGUGUGAAGCGCUUCUGGAAAUUGGAGCUUGGGAAGUAGCGCAGAAUUUAUUCAAUCGUUUGCCAGAUUAUUGUUUUACGGAUCAACGUCCCAUAGCUCUGGCGUUGUGCAAAAUGAUUCAAGCUCUUGUCGAACCCGUAUAUCGAAAACAUUGUAUUGUUUCUCCAAAAUUACCGGGUCGUAAAGUACCUCCGUUGAAGAGUUCCCUCGCGCCGCCAUCGUUGCAUGAUCUGCAAGACAUUCAUGAUUACUUAUUGCCGAUGUUGAUCGUGCUCGGGCCGAAUCUGCAUCAGGAUCCCAUUCUGAUGUAUAAGGUGAUGAGACUGUGUCAUGCCGCUAUUAAGCAAUCUCCACUUGACGCGAGCAAGCAGCCGCUAAAUAAGAAUUGUACCCUUUACUAUGAUGUGCUGACGAUACUCGACGUCGCGCUUCUGCCCUCUCUGUCUUUUAUGGACUGCAACUGUUGCGUCGCCGAGGAGCUGUGGAACAUCCUCAAGUACUAUCCCUAUCAGAAUCGUUAUUGUCUGUAUGCACGCUGGAAGAACGACACACCGUUGCAGCACGCUGCGCUGCUGCGUAAACGUGCCGAUGCUCAAAAGAAGAUCAAGUCAAUCAUGAAGCGUGUGAGCAAGGAAACGAUCAAGCCGGUUGGCCGAUCAUUAGGCAAGCUUACGCAUUCCUCGCCAGGUGUACUAUUUGAUUAUGUUCUCAUACAGAUCCAAUUAUAUGACAAUUUAAUAGGACCUGUAGUGGACUCCUUAAAGUAUUUGACAAAUAUCUCAUACGAUGUGUUGGGAUAUUGUCUGGUAGAGGCGUUAGCGGGUGCUGACAGGGAUAGAUUUAAACACGAUGGCACCAGUAUAUCCUUGUGGUUGCAAUCUCUUGCUUCAUUUUGCGGAGCAAUAUUUAAGAAGUAUAACAUCGAAUUAACAGGGUUGUUACAGUAUGUAGCGAAUCAACUUAAAGCUCAAAAGAGCUUAGAUCUAUUAAUAUUAAAAGAAAUAGUACAAAAAAUGGCUGGUAUCGAAGCAGCCGAAGAAAUGACGUCUGAUCAAUUGGACGCUAUGGCAGGUGGAGAUCUAUUAAAAAAUGAGGCCGGUUACUUCAGUCAAGUCCGCAAUACAAAAAAAUCUUCGCAACGUUUAAAAGAAGCUCUUGCCGAACAAGAUCUUGCGGUCGCACUGUGCUUGUUGAUGGCACAACAGAAACAUUGUGUCGUUUAUAGGGAGACAGAUAAAUCUCACUUAAAACUCGUUGGCAAGUUAUAUGAUCAAUGCCAGGACACACUGGUACAAUUCGGAACUUUCCUGGGCUCAACUAUGACGGUAGAUGAGUAUGUGGAGCGACUACCCUCGAUUCAUUCUAUGCUCCAGGACAAUCACAUUCAUGCGGAUGUCGCGUUUUUCCUGGCACGGCCAAUGUUCGCACAUGCCAUAAAUAUAAAAUAUGAUGCUCUUCGUAAAGCUGAUCCAAAUUACAAGAAAAUGUCCACGGCUACGAAGCAAUUAAAGUACGCGGAAGCCGCGCAAACUGUUAUGGCACCUGUUGCUCAAUCUGUCAGGCCGUUGCAUCCUCUAAAGGUUUGGGAGGACAUUUCGCCGCAAUUCUUAGUCACAUUUUGGUCUCUAUCAAUGUAUGAUUUAUACGUGCCAGUGGAAAGUUAUCAAAGAGAAGUUAACAAGAUGAAGCAAUUGGCAACACAAACCGCCGAUUCCAAAGAUAUGAAUGUAAGUAAAGGAAAGAAGGAACAAGAAAAAUAUACCACUCUUAUUGAGAAACUGCAGGACGAAAAGAAGAAACAAGAGGAACAUGUUGAAAAAGUUUUUGCGUACCUGAGACAAGAAAAGGACACAUGGUUCUUGUCACGAAGCGCUAAAUCUGCGAAGAAUGAGACGAUAACGCAAUUUCUACAGUUGUGCCUAUUUCCACGGUGUACAUUUACAACUGUAGACGCCAUGUACUGUGCGAAAUUUGUACAUACCAUCCACUCUCUGAAGACUGCAAAUUUUUCAACUCUGCUUUGCUACGAUCGUCUUUUCUGUGAUAUCACAUAUUCAGUCACUUCGUGCACAGAAAACGAAGCAAAUCGAUAUGGCAGAUUUUUAUGCGCUAUGCUGGAAACUGUGAUGAGAUGGCAUUCUGAAAAAGCCAUAUUUGAUAAGGAAUGCAGUAAUUAUCCUGGUUUUGUGACCAAGUUCCGCGUGAGCAAUCAAUUUUCUGAAGCAAAUGAUAUGGUUGGCUUUGAAAAUUACAGACAUGUGUGUCACAAGUGGCAUUAUAAGAUCACAAAGGCAAUUGUAGUAUGUCUAGAUUCUAAGGACUAUGUGCAAAUAAGGAAUUCUUUGAUAAUAUUGAUCAAGAUAUUACCACACUUUCCCGUCUUGGCGAAACUCUCUCAGAUCCUCGAACGAAAGGUGGAAAAAGUAAGAGAGGAAGAGCGUGGUCAGCGCCAAGAUUUGCAUGUCCUAGCAACAUCGUACAGCGGACAAUUAAAAGCUAAAACUCCUAAUAUGAUACGUGAAUCAGAUUUUCACCAUGUGGGCGAUAAGGCUAAAACUCAAGACGCAACAAAUAGUGAAACGAGCGAAAAAGUUAACAAUGGAGUAGCGGUGAAAGAAAAUAAUAAUGGAGAUGCUCGGCCAGAAAAGGAAAAUAAAGAACAAAGAGAAAAACGAAGUUCCUCCAAUCAAAUGCAUCACGAUAUCAAUUCUUUGAAUAGUGAAAAUUCUGAGAAGUUCAGAAAGAAAGAAGAGAGUAAGGACAUUUUGGAGGCUAAAGAAAAAUAUAUUAAAAAAGAAGAAGUGAAAGACGAUGAGGGAUUAGAAAAGAAGGAUCGCAAAUAUUAUAAAGAAGAACAGCACUAUUACAGUAGUAGUGUAGACAAUUUAGAUCGAGAUCUUUCCAGUGUAUCAAAUAGUAGUGCUAGUUCAGGUCCUUUACAAGAGGGUCCUGAAAGAGUUUUAGAUGUAAAAAGAAGAAAAGUAGAGAGUGUCCCAAAGCAGGAAGGAAGACGCGCGGAAGCUGUUCUUGACAAGAAAGAACGUUCCAGUAAAGGGAAAACACGUGACGAACAGAAAGAGCUGCGAAGAGAAAAGAAACAGGGGCGAAAAAGGGAUCGAGCAGAGGAAUCCAUACCAACUACUGAACAGAAACGAAGAAAGGAUGACGAAAGAGCCAAAGGCACUCAUCAGAACGGUGACAUUCCUGAACAUAGAGAAAAGCAUCAUUACAGUAAGUUGAUAAAGAUGUCUACUUCGAGUACAUUAAAGGGACGAAAUGGGCGACAAUAGCAAACAAGAAAAUAUUGAUGUCAGUAACCUUUCCCUUCCCCUUCCAUAUCAGUCACAAGAAAUCAUGGCAUUCGGGAGACUUAUUCAAGAAUGUAUUUUCAGGAAAAAUCUCCAUAUGCAAAGGAUCGUCCUCAUGAACGUGAAGGACGCGAAAGCCGUGAUAAACAAUAUCCUUUUCUUAUGCUUAAUAGAUUUUGCUGAAUGUCAUUUUUGUUUUUUAAAAUAUUAUUUUGCCUUUUCUACAAUAAUUUUAUAUUAUAUUUUUUACAAUGUUACCAUUUUUUAUACAUGCUUCUAAUAUGUUAAACUUUGUAGCUAAUUAAGUGUUAAAAUAGCUUAUGUACCAUGUACAUAGAAUAAUAAAUCGUACAAUUAUUGAGUUAGGUAAUAAUUUUUGUGACAUUUUUUCACUUUAAUUAAGAAAUCUAAUAAUUUUUUAUAAGCAAACGUGAAAUUUUUAUUUGUUAUAAAUUUUAUGUUUAUUAAGUGUAUUUUCGUCGAAGUGAACAUAUGGCAAUAAUUUAACACUUAAUUACAUUAUUUGAGUGUAAUUAUUCGAGUAUUUACCCCGUUUAUGAAAUUUGUAAUACAUGUUUCGAAAUUUCUAAUAUAAAAUAUAUUGUCUUUUUUAUAACUAUAAUUUUUAUUGUUCUUUUAUUUUAAAGAACAUCCUUAAUUGCUCAAUAACUGUAUGAUUUAUCCUAUGCAUGAAAAAAUACAAGUGCUCGUAUAAUCCUUAAUUCAAGUGCACUAGAAGGAGUUCAGAUCCAAAACGAAGAUGAUGUACAACGGAAAGGAGCUCGACUUAACAUUUUCUAUGCUAUGUUUGAUGUUGCAUGUAAUGAACGUAGAAUUCAAAAUAAAGCAAAAAAUAGUCAGUAAUUUGUA